AUGAUUGAGGUAAACCACUCCUUGACAAAUGACUUUAUUCUCAGAGGAUUUACAGAUCACCCAGAGCUAAAGACCAUUCUGUUCGUGGUGUUCCUUACCAUAUAUCUGAUCACCAUGGUGGGGAAUCUUGGCCUGGUGGCAUUGAUUUACAUGGAGCGUUGUCUUCACACGCCAAUGUACAUCUUUCUGGGUAAUCUUGCACUGAUGGAUUCUUGUUGUUCCUGUGCCAUUACUCCAAAGAUGUUAGAGAACUUCCUUUCUAAGGAUAGAAUGAUUUCCCUCAAGGAAUGCAUGGCACAGUUUUACUUUCUCUGCCUUGCUGAAAGUGCUGAUUGCUUUCUUCUAGCUGCAAUGGCCUAUGACCGCUAUGUGGCCAUAUGUAGGCCACUGCAGUACCACACCAUGAUGUCAAAAAAACUGUGCAUUCAGAUGACCACAGGGGCCUACAUAGCUGGAAACCUGCAUUCCAUGAUUCACGUAGGGUUUCUGUUUAGGUUAACUUUCUGUGGGUCUCACCAAAUCAAUCAAUUCUUUUGUGAUAUUCUUCCAUUAAUCAGACUCUCCUGUGUUGAUCCUUUUAUCAAUGAAUUGAUGAUAUUUAUCUUUGCAGGGUCAGUUUCAGUCUUCUCUUUCAUCAUAAUUGUAAUCUCUUAUCUCUGCAUCCUUUCCAUGAUCUUCCAAAUGAAAUCCAAAGGGGGGAGAGGCAAAGCCUUAUCUACUUGUGCAUCCCACUUUCUCUCUGUCUCAAUAUUCUAUGGCUCUCUUCUCUCCAUGUAUGUCCGACCAAAUUCAAUUAAAGAAGGAGAUAAAGAUAUGCCCAUUGCUGUUUUUUACACUGUAGUGAUUCCUUUAUUAAACCCUUUUAUUUAUAGUCUAAGAAAUAAGCAAGUAAUAAGUGUUAUGACAAAAACUAUGAAGCAAAUUUCAAAAUGUUAUGAAACAAAUAUCCUGCGGAAAUUGAUUUUAACUUGA